CCAGCCGAGAGCGAGCCGGCCGCUGCGCCUCCAGGAAGCCUGCGGGGCAGGUCGAGGAAGAGGGGAAAGAGCCGAGAAACUCUUGGGCAGCCCGGGAAGAUGGCGCCAGGCGGGCCGGCCGUGGACUGAGAGUCGCCGGGGCCGCGAGGAGCCGGGACCUGCCGCACCCCCGGGGCACGAGCGAGGGCCGCCCGCGGGGCACGGCGCCCGGGCUCCGGCCCGGCCUGCGGGGUCAUGUCGGUCGGCGAGCUCUACAGCCAGUACACGAGGGUCUGGAUCCCUGACCCCGAUGAAGUGUGGCGCUCGGCUGAAUUGACCAAGGACUACAAGGAGGGCGAGAAGAGCCUCCAGCUGAGACUGGAAGAUGAAACUGUUCAGGAAUACCCCAUUGAUGUCCAAAGCAACCAGCUGCCCUUCCUGCGGAAUCCAGAUAUCCUGGUGGGAGAAAAUGACCUAACUGCCCUUAGCUAUCUACACGAGCCUGCAGUUCUGCACAAUUUAAAGGUCCGUUUCCUGGAGUCCAACCAUAUCUACACUUACUGUGGUAUCGUGCUUGUUGCCAUUAAUCCUUAUGAACAGCUGCCAAUCUACGGUCAAGAUGUCAUCUAUGCGUACAGCGGCCAAAACAUGGGGGAUAUGGACCCCCACAUCUUUGCUGUGGCGGAAGAAGCCUACAAGCAGAUGGCCAGAGAUGAGAAGAACCAGUCCAUCAUAGUCAGCGGGGAGUCCGGAGCCGGCAAGACUGUGUCAGCCAAGUACGCCAUGCGCUAUUUCGCCACGGUUAGUGGCUCAGCCGGUGACACCAACAUUGAAGAGAGGGUCCUGGCAUCCAGUCCCAUCAUGGAGGCCAUUGGAAAUGCUAAAACCACUCGCAAUGACAACAGCAGCCGAUUUGGAAAGUACAUUCAGAUUGGCUUCGACAAGAGGUACCACAUCAUCGGAGCCAACAUGAGGACCUACCUGUUGGAGAAGUCGCGCGUGGUCUUCCAGGCAGAGGAUGAGAGGAACUACCACAUCUUUUACCAGCUCUGUGCUGCUGCCAGUCUCCCGGAAUUUAAAGAGCUCGCACUGACGUGUGCGGAGGACUUCUUCUACACUUCACAGGGAGGAGACACAUCCAUCGAGGGUGUAGAUGAUGCUGAGGACUUUGAGAAGACCCGACAAGCCUUCACUCUCCUUGGAGUGAGAGAGUCCCAUCAGAUAAGCAUUUUUAAGAUAAUUGCUUCCAUCCUACACCUUGGAAACGUGGAGAUUCAGGCUGAGCGUGAUGGUGAAUCCUGCAGUAUAUCACCCAAGGACGAGCACCUAAGCAACUUCUGCCAACUGCUGGGGGUGGAGCACGGCCAGAUGGAGCACUGGCUGUGCCAUCGCAAGCUGGUCACCACUUCAGAGACCUACGUCAAGACCAUGUCCCUGCAGCAGGUGGUCAACGCGCGCAAUGCCCUGGCCAAGCACAUCUACGCCCAGCUGUUCGGCUGGAUCGUGGCGCACAUCAACAAGGCCCUGCACACCUCCCUCAAGCAGCACUCCUUCAUCGGGGUCCUGGACAUCUACGGGUUUGAGACAUUUGAGGUGAACAGCUUUGAGCAGUUUUGUAUCAACUACGCGAACGAGAAGCUCCAGCAACAGUUCAACUCGCAUGUAUUCAAGCUGGAGCAAGAGGAAUACAUGAAGGAGCAGAUCCCUUGGACCCUGAUUGAUUUUUAUGAUAACCAACCUUGUAUCGACCUCAUAGAAGCUAAGCUGGGCAUCCUGGACCUGUUGGAUGAAGAAUGUAAGGUCCCCAAAGGAACUGACCAGAACUGGGCUCAGAAGCUCUAUGACCGGCACUCCAGCAGCCAGCACUUCCAGAAACCCCGCAUGUCCAACACGGCCUUCAUUGUCGUCCACUUUGCAGAUAAGGUAGAGUACCUUUCAGAUGGUUUUCUGGAGAAAAACAGAGACACGGUAUAUGAGGAACAGAUCAACAUCUUGAAGGCCAGCAAGUUCCCACUGGUGGCCGACUUGUUCCACGAAGACGGAGACUCCGCUCCUGCCACCGCCACGUCUUCAAAGGUCAACGUUCGCUCCGCCAGAACCCCCCUGAAAGCCUCCAACAAGGAGCACAAGAAAACCGUGGGCCACCAGUUCCGCACCUCCCUGCACCUGCUCAUGGAGACCCUGAACGCCACGACACCGCACUACGUCCGCUGCAUCAAGCCCAACGACGAGAAGCUGCCCUUCCACUUUGACCCGAAGAGAGCAGUGCAGCAGCUCAGAGCUUGUGGGGUGUUGGAGACCAUUCGAAUCAGCGCAGCCGGCUACCCAUCCAGGUGGGCCUACCAUGACUUCUUCAACCGGUAUCGGGUGCUCAUCAGGAAGAGAGAGCUCGCUGGCGCAGACAAGAAGGCUGCCUGCAGGUCUGUGCUGGAGAGCCUGGUCAAGGAUCCUGACAAGUUCCAGUUUGGCCGCACCAAGAUCUUCUUCCGGGCGGGCCAGGUGGCCUACCUCGAGAAGCUUCGUGCUGACAAGUUCCGGGCGGCCACCAUCAUGAUCCAGAAAACUGUCCGAGGCUGGCUGCAGAAGGUGAAGUACCGCAGGCUGAGGGCGGCUACUUUAACCCUGCAGAGGUACUGCCGAGGACUCCUGGCCCGCAGGCUGGCCACGCACAUGCGGAGGACCCGGGCGGCCAUGGUGCUCCAGAAGCAGUGCCGCAUGCGGAGGGCCCGCCGGGCCUACCAGAGGGUCCGCAGGGCUGCCAUCGUCAUCCAGGCCUUCGCUCGGGGCAUGUUUGUGCGGAGAAUCUACCACCAGGUCCUCAGGGAGCACAAGGCUACCAUCAUCCAGAAGCAUGUGCGGGGCUGGAUGGCUCGCAGGCGCUUCCAGCGGCUGCGGGGCGCAGCCAUUGUCAUGCAGUGCGCCUUCCGGAGGCUCAAGGCCAAGCGGGAGCUGAAGGCCCUCAAGAUCGAGGCCCGCUCCGCAGAGCACCUGAAACGCCUCAACGUGGGCAUGGAGAACAAGGUGGUCCAACUGCAGCGGAAGAUCGAUGACCAGAACAAAGAGUUCAAGACGCUGUCAGAGCAGCUGUUGGCCGUCACCACCACACAUGCCAUGGAGGUGGAGAAGCUCAAGAAGGAGCUGGCCUACUACCAGCAGAGCCAGGGUGAGGACAGCACUCUGCAGCUGCAGGAGGAGGUGGAGAGCCUGCGGGCCGAGUUGCAGAGGGCCCACUCAGAGCGCAAGGUCCUGGAGGAUGCCCACACCCGCGAGAAGGAUGAGCUGAGAAAGCGAGUCACAGACCUGGAGCAAGAAAACGCCCUCCUGAAAGACGAGAAAGAACAGCUUAACAAGCAAAUCCUGUGCCGGUCUAAAGACGAGUCUGCCCAGAACUCUGUCCAGGAAAACCUCCUGAUGAAGAAGGAGCUGGAAGAGGAGCGCUCCCGGUACCAGAAUCUGGUGAAGGAGUAUUCCCGGCUGGAGCAGAGAUACGACAACCUUCGGGACGAGAUGACCAUCGUAAAGCAAACCCCAGGCCACAGGCGGAACCCGUCAAACCAAAGUAGCUUAGAAUCUGACUCUAAUUACCCCUCCAUCUCCACAUCUGAGGUCGGAGACACAGAGGAUGCCCUCCAACAGGUAGAGGAGAUCGGCCUGGAGAAGGCGGCCAUGGACAUGACAGUCUUCCUGAAGCUACAGAAGAGGGUGAGGGAGCUUGAGCAGGAGAGAAAGAAGCUACAGGUGCAGCUGGAGAAGAGAGAACAGCAGGACGGCAAGAAAGUCCCGGUGGAACAACCAAAGAAUAACCUAGAUUUGGACCAGGAUGUAGAUCUGGCCUACAACAGUCUGAAGAGGCAGGAGCUGGAGUCGGAGAACAAGAAGCUGAAGAACGAGCUGAACGAGCUGAGGAAAGCCGUGGCUGACCAAGCCUCCGAGCACACCGCCGCCCACGGUGCCCCCGACGGCUACAGCCUCCUGCUGAACCAGCUCAGGCUGGCCCACGAGGAGCUGGAGGUGCGCAAGGAGGAGGUGCUCAUCCUGCGGACCCAGAUCGUGAGCUCCGACCAGCGCCGCCUGGCCGGCAGGAGCCCGGAACCAAGCAUCAAUGCCAGAACCAGUUGGCCUAACAGUGAAAAGCACGUGGAUCAGGAAGACGCUAUCGAGGCCUACCACGGGGUCUGCCAGACGAACCAGUUGCUGGAGGCCCAGCUGCAGGCGCAGAGCCGGGAGCAUGAGGAGGAGGUGGAGGGGCUCAAGGCCCAGGUGGAGGCCCUGAGGGAGGAGAUGGACAGGCAGCAGCAGACCUUCUGCCAGACGCUCCUGCUCUCCCCGGAGGCCCAGGUGGAGUUCGGCGUCCAGCAGGAGAUCUCCCGGCUGACCAAUGAGAACCUGGACCUUAAAGAACUAGUUGAAAAGCUGGAAAAGAAUGAGAGGAAGCUGAAAAAACAACUGAAGAUUUACAUGAAGAAAGUCCAGGACCUAGAAGCUGCCCAGGCAUUGGCCCAGAGUGAGAAGAAGCGCCACGAGCUCAACAGGCAGGUCACCGUGCAGCGGAAGGAGAAGGACUUCCAGGGCAUGCUGGAGUACCACAAGGAGGACGAGGCCCUGCUCGUGCGGAAUCUGGUGACAGACCUGAAGCCGCAGACACUGGCGGGCACGGUGCCCUGCCUCCCUGCCUACAUCCUCUACAUGUGCAUCAGGUACGCGGACUACGUGAACGACGACCUCAAGGUGCACUCCCUGCUGACCUCCACCAUCAACGGCAUUAAGAGAGUCCUCAAGAAGCAUAAUGAUGACUUUGAGAUGACGUCCUUCUGGUUAUCCAACACCUGCCGCCUCCUGCAUUGCCUGAAGCAGUACAGUGGGGAUGAGGGCUUCAUGACCCAGAAUACCGCGAAGCAGAAUGAACACUGUCUUAAGAACUUUGACCUCACUGAGUACCGACAGGUGCUGAGCGACCUUUCCAUUCAGAUCUACCAGCAGCUCAUUAAAAUCGCCGAGGGCCUGUUGCAGCCUAUGAUAGUUUCUGCCAUGUUGGAGAAUGAGAGCAUUCAGGGUCUGUCUGGUGUGAAGCCGACGGGCUACCGGAAGCGCUCCUCCAGCAUGGUGGAUGGAGAGAACUCGUACUCCCUGGAUGCCGUCAUACGCCAGAUGAAUUCCUUUCACACAGUCAUGUGCGACCAGGGCCUGGACCCCGAGAUCAUCCUGCAGGUGUUCAAGCAGCUCUUCUACAUGAUCAACGCGAUGACUCUCAACAACCUGCUCCUGCGGAAGGACAUCUGCUCUUGGAGCACAGGCAUGCAGCUCAGGUACAACAUAAGUCAGCUGGAGGAGUGGCUUCGGGGAAGAAACCUGCACCAGAGCGGAGCUGUUGAAACCAUGGAACCUCUGAUCCAAGCAGCUCAGCUCCUGCAGCUAAAGAAGAAAAGCCCCGAGGACGCCGAGGCCAUCUGCUCCCUGUGCUCCUCCCUCAGCACCCAGCAGAUUGUCAAAAUUUUAAACCUUUAUACUCCCCUGAAUGAAUUUGAAGAACGAGUAACAGUGGCCUUUAUCCGAACAAUCCAGGCACAACUGCAGGACCGGAACGACCCUCCGCAGCUGCUGUUAGACUUCAAGCACAUGUUUCCCGUCCUGUUCCCCUUUAAUCCAUCUUCCCUGACAAUGGACUCAAUCCACAUCCCAGCCUGUCUCAACCUGGAGUUCCUUAAUCAAGUCUAAAAAUGCGCAUUUCCAGCUUUGGCUCGAUUGCCAGUGGGAGUAAGAAGGAAGAGCAUAUAUUACAGUAAAGCAAAUUUAAGGAUCUGUUAAAUCUAUAAAAGUAGAUCAAAUCAGAGGUCGAGAGCCUGUGCAGAGUGAACUAUACAGAAUAAGACAUCUGUCAUUAUAUUUUGUACCUACUGCUCAGAAUAAAAACACUUGAAAUAUGGAAGAUUUUUUUUAAAGUAUGAUUGCUGUCUAAACAAAUACACAUCCUAAUCUACAGCCACCAGGUAGUCCCCACAGCAAUACAGAAGGUGGCAGUUUAUAAAAUCAAAACUGCCUAACUUUGAUCUUUGCAUAUAACUGGAGAAUGUCCAAAGUAAAAUGAUACUAAAAGUCACAUAAAUUGCCUUCAGAGGACUUUUGAAUAAACAACGGUACUAAUAAUCAUGGCACUGUCCUACAGCAAGCGACAUUUCCCCUUGUCGACGAACCAUAGGUGUGGAUGGGUUUACGUGGAGACGUUUUGAGGAUAAAAAUACAGGCCUGGUCCUUUUGAGAAGUUUCCCAAAGGUAUUUUUUAAUGCCCAGUGAUGCAGAGACAAUGAUGUAACUGACCUCCAGGCUAAACAGCUUGAUGAUUGGUGUCUGAAGCAAAAUUAGAAGACUCAGCCCUUAAUGUGCUCAAACCUAUUCGUGUAGUUGUGGAUUCAUAGAAGAGUUAUUUAUGCUAAAAAUGCUGCUGUCCCAAACUUAACAUUUGAGCAAAUAGAAAGAUAUCCUUGACGGUUUCCAGUGCUAGUCCCUGCACUUACCGGAUCAACAGAACUUUCACAAAACUAUGUACGUGAAAUGUUAGAAAAGAAUAACUCAUUUGACUUACAGAUUAAAAACCAGACAAGUCAGUAUGAAAGCCUUUAAAUCCCUUAAUGCCGUUACACCUCCAACAAGAACAUCACAAAAUGCACCAGUAAUUCCAGAUAAUCCAAAUAGUAAAGGCAAACCAGCUUCACCUGAGGAUCAGACUCUCUGAAAAGCCAGCUUAAAUUACUACUCCAAAGUUUGGGAGGGUUGUUUUUUUUGUUUGUUUGGUGUAUGUGCUCUUUUUAAAGAGAGAAUUGUUUACGUCAACUUUCCCUUUUCAGGCUAUUUUCAACGUUUUUCAAAUUUACCAAAAAAAAAUUGUAAAUAUCUCUGCUUUUGAAAUAAGGAUUAAAAAGUAGUAUUCAACUGAUGUACAACA